GUCUUUCUUUCUUUCUCUCUUGUCUUUUUUCAAAUAUGACAAAUACGCCAAAUAAUUCAAUAUGGGAAGAUCUUUUGACUUGGCAAAAGGACAUUAGUAAACAGGAUACACUUUUGGAGAAACGAAAACCCAUUCACAAUCAAGCACUACCAAGUAUUCGAACACCUGUAGAGUUUAUAGUUGAUCAGAAAAAGCCUACUGGAUUGAAAGCAAUUAAAGGAAUCACUGGUAACAAGAAAACCAACGCCUCAACAAUGAUGCAAAAAGCUCAGGCAGCAAAGGAAAUGGGAAAUACCCACUUCCAGAAACAAAGAUAUCAACAAGCCAUACAGUGUUACAGUGACGCGAUUGAUCUUGAUCCAACCAGUGCCGUUUAUUUUGUUAAUCGAGCUAUGGCACAUUUGAAAUUAAACAAUUUUUUACAGGCAGAACAUGAUUGUACCAAAUGUUUAGCUUUACAACCAAAUCAUGUCAAGGCUCUUUGGAGGCGUGGGAUUGCUUUGCGUUCUUUGGGUAGAUCAAAAGAAGCCAGAAAAGAUUUUGAACAAGCUCUUCAAUUGGAACCAGGAAACAAACUGAUCAUUGACGAACUGAACAAGUUACCACAACCAUCAAAGAAAAAAGAGGAUCAACCUCCAGCAAAGCAACCUCGACGACAACUUGAAGUGAAGGUAUUGGAUGAAGCAUAUACACCAAGAGUGGAUGUUGAAAAGAAAAAGGAAUCAACAACACCAACAUCACCAGCACCACCACCACCACCAUCGACAUCCAAACCGGCCUCACCAAAGGUAGCCUCACCUAUGGGACUUUCACCAUUGAAAUUAACCUGUCCUCGAACGAACUAUGAAUUUGAACGUGAUUGGAAAGCUUGUAAACGACGAGGGGAUGAUAUUAUCUAUCAAUAUUUGCAGUGUAUACCACCUUCUUCCUAUGCAACGUUGUUCAAGUCAUCAUUGGAACCUGAUCAAUUUGAAAAGAUGAUUGAUAUUAUAGAUCAAUAUUAUAUAAAAAAUAAAACUGACAAGGAAAUACUAGAUGUAAUACAGGGUUUAGGUCAAGUACCAAGAUUAGAUAUGUUAGUCAUGUUCCUUGGAAAACAACACAAAAAAGCAUUACAACAUAUCUUUACCAAGUUGACAGCUGAAGUACCUAGAGCUACUUUAAUUCCUUUAGCCAAUAAAUUCUCUAUUGAUUUAUGAUAAUAAAUGAAUGUUAUAUUUUCUUUUAA